AUGGACGACACGGACGCCGCUCCCGACGAGUCGUACUUCUCGUCAGCCUCGGUCCGCCCCUCGCCCAACGCCUCUCUCGAGCCCGACCUCCUCGAGCCCGACGCGUCCUUCUCGUCGGCCUCCUCGUCCACCUCGUCGCCCGACUCGCUCGCCGGCGCCCCCUUUACCGACGUCGAAGCGCGUGCACUCGAGUUCCUCAGCGCCUCGCCGCCCUCGACCGCCCCUGCCGCCGGGUUCCGCCUCGAGGACCUCCCCCGCCCCGUGCCGAACACGCAGCACGCGCGCGACGAGGCCCACACGGCCGCGCUCGACUUCCUGCGCCGCUCGCUCGACGAGGCCGACAAGGACGAGUGGCAGUACCGCACCCCGCCCGUGUUUGCCGUGCCCUCGGUCGCUGCCGCCGCUACGUCGUCACCGUCGGCGGGGCGCGCGCUCGCGAGCGACGCGCGCAACGUCGGGCUCGAGGACGACGCGGCGCAACCGUGGCAGGACCGUGCGUUCAACGCCGAGCGGUGGCAGGUCGACGGGCUCGACGGGGCGGUCGGCGGCGGCGGCCCGGCGCGAGGGGGAGCAGGAGCUGGAAACGAGGUGCCGCUAUUCGACAUGGGCGAGGCGCACGGUCGGUUCGAGGAGGGCGAGACGGGGUUCAUGACCACCUCUUCUCACGUCAAGGUCGUCUACGAUACGUCGCACCGGCCCACCUCUCCGCCCAUGUCGGCCCGAUCCCUGUUCGCCUCGACCUCGCGCGCCAUCCCUCCAGUCCGCCGACGAGCACUACACACGUCGCAACCUCGCCCUGUGCCCCAGUCGGGCGACCCGCAAGACGCACACGGCUCGGCGCCGUCCUCGGCCCGCCGGCUCCGCCCGCGCGACCGGCUCCAGUUUACCGAGGCGUCGGGCGCAGGCGGGACCGACAGCGCUCCUCUAGCCUCGCAGGAGGGCGCAGCAGCAGCCGGGCCUCCCGUCAUACCUGCCCCGCCCUCGGCCUCGACCUCGGCGCGCCCCUCGUCCUCGACCUCGUCCUCGUCGUCCAACCCCGACUCGCCCGCCGCAACCGUCGGCGAGCUCAUCAUCACCGCGCCGCUCGAGGGCCUCCCGCCACUCGAGCGCCACGCCCUCCCGCUGUCGCGCGUCCCGUUCUCGACGCACCGGUUCGUGCGCGACCUCGAGGGCGCGGGCGUUCCGAGGCCGCUCGCGACCGACCUCAUGAAGGCGACGCGCGACUUGCUCUUGCAGCAGGAGGAGAAGGCCCAGGGCGAGGUCCUCAGUCGGCAAGAGCUCGAGAAUGAGGCCUACCUGUUCACGGCGGCACUCAACGAGCUCAAGACUGGGUCGCAGGUCCGCUCGCGCAACGACAGCAUCACGCUUCGGAGCUUGACGGCGUCGCUCCAGCGCGAGACGGACGGGCUCGAGCAGAAGAUGAAGGAGGACAUGCAGCGGUUGGGGAGCGACAUCCAGCUCGAGAUGAACGCGCGCAAGGAGGAGACGAGUCAGGAGUUGACGCAGCUCGACAAGCGGGUCAUGGACCUCAACAGCAAGUUCACGAUCCUGCUCGGCGAGGCGCGAACAGAGAUCGAGGCGACCAAGUGGAUCAGUACUCGGCGCGUCAUGUCGGCCAUCACCGUGUUCGUCGUGAGCGUCGUCGCCUACUACUCGAUCUCGACCUCGUCCCGCAAGAAGGCGCUCAAACCCGACAAGCCGCCCUCGAUUGAGGAGCUCGGCCUUCAGCUCGGCAGCAACCUCGACGAGGCCGAGAUGGCCGUCGGCGACGUCCAUUCGGCGGCAGGCGCGGCGCCGGCGUCGAGCAAAGGAGGAGGAUGGGCGUUCUGGCAGGCGACGCCGGCCACGGGCAAGCGGGUCGGAGCCGAGGAAGACGAGGCGGCGGCGUAGCACGGCCCGUCGACGGCUUAGAGCUCAGCAUCUUUGUCAUACUCGUCGU